AUGGCUCCAGUGUCGGAUCGACUUUACUUCCCCCCUGUGGAAGAAUGCCUGAAGGGCGACACUGUCAUUCUCUCCUGGAAACUUGUUGCUGCAGCUUUGACAGAUAGCUCCGGGGCGCUUCGCCAUACCGAGACCCUUGCACAAUUCCUCGCGGACGACCAUGUUCGAUCCCUCCUUCAAGACCCAAGCUUAGCCUUCGCGGCGCCGAGCGAUACGACGAAAUCCGACUUUGAAACUCGGACCGCUGCCAUUCACGUUACUCCUACAAAAAAUGAACAUUAUGACACCAACGUCAUCAAAGCAGACGCAACCUGGCUGAGCAAGGCCGCCAACAUUAACCUCGUAUCCGCGCUCCGAGUUGUCAUUGUCGAGUGCCAGUCGAGACCUGCCAGUCAGCUUACCGGACCCCUGUCCAUUCAAGAUGCCAUAAACCUACAAGAAGCCGUUGGGGUUAGUAACGCGCAGUCUUCGAGCCUAGUCCCGAUACCGGGAGCCACGAGGGAUGCCGAUGCGAUAUGGGCGGACUUCGGAACGGAGGAGGCACGACGAUUGCGCAUCUUUCAGACCUACCUCUCCGAACGUCGUUACCUUGUUAUGACGGCAGACUUGAUCCACGGCGAGACAUUAUGCAGUGAAGCAAAACAAAUCACGUCUGGUCGAAAUUCCUCCGAGCCGUCCUACCCUUCCCUGGGAGAUCCGUCCAGUUCGGACGAGACUCUUAUUGCAAAUAAUAUGAAGGCGCUCACGCGGAUUAUCGACAGCCUCGCGAACGGUUUCGAGAAGGAAAUCAACGACAACAGUCUUCAGGCAGAAGACACAGAUCUGAAUUGGCAGCGGACCCUGCUUACGGAACUUGUCCAUACCCUUUCAGUUAUCUUCCAAGCUCUCGACCGCACAUCCGAUUCGUUCGCUGCGCCCGAGACAGUGAUGGAAUGGUUCAGCUUGAUGGAGGCUUACGUUUUCUUGAAUGGGAUUACUCUGGUGCACGAAAGCAUCAAUUCUCUGGUUUUGCCUAUCCAAAUCUUAAUAUGCGCGAUAUGCUUGAGGCUGCUGAACCCAACAAGGUCAAUGGCCUUCUUGGCGCAAGAAGUAGACCUGCACCCCGAGGAGAACAACCCGUACUUGAGCUCGCCAGAGGUUCUGGGCAAGAUCCAUGAUGCCAUUCUCACCGCAGCUGGAGCCGGCUGUGAGAGCCAGAGCCCCGUCAUCUUUGCCUGGGCCGUCAUCUCGCACCGUAUGGUCGUGUCCCAUAGCGAGCGGUCGGAAAAGAGAGACACCCUGCAGAACCAGAAGUCACAGGAAACCUUCGAGUCAGGGGCGCUGCUACGACCCAGCUCAGGCCGUCGGCUUUCGGCGGGGAGCAUUGUUUCACUAGACGGGUUGCCCUUUGAUGGUUUUCUCGUUGCUUCUGGCCUGAAAGAUGACACUCACGUCAUUGAAAGCCUCGCACAAGCUGUUACAUCGCAAGGUGGCUUAUACGAUGUCCUAUCUCAGAUGACAGUGGCUGCCUGCGACCCGAAUCAGGGCAGCUUUUCGUCCUCGGUAGCUUCCCGAAUACGACUUACCUUCAUCGACUUCUUGAAGGCAACGUAUCCUCCUGUGGGCUAUCAAUCAGAUCCGGUCACUGCCCUCCUCUCCAUCCUCUCAGUUGGACAGGGCUACUGGGAUCUCGACCUCUCUCCAAGCAGCUCUCGUCCAUCACCCGAUGUGGCUUACAACGUUCUCCAAGACACAACCGCUCUGGAGUGUUACUUAUAUCCGGCCUUUAGUCGUUAUCCCUUCGAGUUCUUGCCCUUCUUGAACUUUUCCCGCGCGCUUGCCAGUCCUUCUGCGACUGACGAAAGUGCCGAUGUCGUCGUCAACAUCCUCCGCAAAACACCCUCUCUCACCUUUGUCCUACCAGACGACUUCCAAGACUUUGAACUCGCCCAGGAGGAGGAAAACACGAACACUUUCCGCUUGCUCGCCGACAUUCCUCUUGUGGCCUCUAUCUCCAGUCGAGGACGCAUUGCCCGCGAGGAGGACGCUCUCAGAAUUCCUGCCGGGACCUAUGGGCGCUUCGUUACUGAUACGGGGAGGGUCGCACUUUUAGAAUACGAGCACUCGGCGCUUGCAUUCCUCGGCAAACGACUGGAGGUGUAUCUCUCACCUGAGAACUAUCAGUCCGAGCUCGAAAACAUGUCACCUGAGGACGCCGCCGAAGCUAUCUCGUUGUUGGCAACUCUCCUCCAGGCAGAGACUCUCAAGUCCCGCAAGCGAGGUCUCCGAGGGGAGGCAGUGCCCAAGCCGGGCCUUGAGCUGCUCGAAGAUGUGAGCAAAUACACCUCAGGCAGCAAAGAUAUCAUCUCAGUUGUGUGCAAUAUCAUGGAUAUCCACAUGCAAGACGACCAGGCAACCGCCGAUGGGCCCGGAAUCCUGGUAUUACAUGCAUGCGUCCAAUUCCUGGACUCAGUGUUACCUCUAUGUCCCACUCGGGUUUGGGCUUACAUGGCGCGGUGCGAGCUUUUGAACUCUGAGUCGCGGGCGGGCAAGUUGGCGAGGCUCGUGGGAAACCUCGAUCUUUCACCUGACCGGUUCGAGUUUCUCUUGUCUACAGUACGACUCUUCUCCAGCCUCGUGGGCAGCGUGAUGAAGAGCGCAGCUCAGCGGAAGUCAGGCGACAAGCUUGUCGGACGCCAGAAGGUGUCAAACAACGUCUGGGUCGGUGUUGCGGACAAAAUCCUGGCGACCGUGACCCUUGCGAUCGCCCAAGCUGCCGUCGAUAUUUUUGAGAGCUCCGCAACCUGGCGGUUUCCUUCGGAAGUGCACCAGACACUGUUGAUGAAGACCCUCGUUCCUCUUAUGGACAGACUCAUGAUCGACGCCUAUGCCAUGGGGGGUCAUCACGACCCACAGUCCCUCACUACCUGUCUGCAGCCAGCAGCUGACUACGUUGUCGAGUCCUUCCUGGCCGCUUCUAGUGGUUCUCUCAGAUUCCAAGCCCUACUCGGGACCUGGAUUUCCGGCCUCCAAAUCCCGGACUCGACACUUUACGCCGGCAAGCUCCAUGCUAUCCGAGGACAAGUGAUCUCGACAAUGAAUCUUGCCACGUCUCUGUUGCGUGUUGCUGCCCUCCUCGAGCGGUCGUCGGCCGCAUUCGAGACGUACUUAUUCAAAGCGACUCCCCUUUUCGCCAGGUUGAUCGCAGCAGAUGAGGAGUUCAAGCGCCCAGCCAUGUCGCUACUUGGAGCUCUCGUUCUCAAUGCUGCCACGGUCAGUGGCGAUCCCCGGUCCCUGUUUGGUUACCUUGGACCUCUGCUUUCACGGGCAUUCCUUCAACUUCUGUCAAGGUUGGGGAAGCCGUUUCUACUACCUUCCGAGGUUCAGGAUACGUGGCGUUUCUUCAGCAUCAUUGUACAGAACCGCCAGCAAUGGAUGUCGAACUGUCUGCUCACUGGGAGGACUCCCAGGGACGCACAGAAUGGGGACAAUGGCUCUUCGGCGGCAGUGUCGAAGUCUGUUUUCCAGACGGCGUUGGCCAAACUGGAGUCGAUCAACGAACUGGACAGGUCUGAAGCUCUACGGGUCCUAGACUUUGUUGCCUCGGCACAGAAUAACUGGCCAUGGACGAUAUUCAGCAUGCGGAAAGAGUCGUCUUACUUUGCCUCGCUGCGCCGCUUCAUCAAGGAUCUGAAGACCGCCUCAGUUGUCGCCAAAUCCGAUACUACAAGAGCCGCACUGGAAGCCAAAAUGGCCGCCUAUGUUGCAGAUAUUUUUGCCAUGCAACUAUAUCACCAGCGCCAGAUGGGUCACUCGAAAGAACUGGCGAACAGUCUCAUCAGCGACCUCGACUAUUAUCUGCGAGAUGGCGUUGAGGUUGCCAGCUACAACAACUCACUUCACAACAAUUUUGCUAGAAAUUUCUCGUCUAAAUACCCCUGCGUGUCGUUGGACAGCCUCAAGCGGACAUUACUGGAGCCCCGCGAGCUCGGAAAGGAGUACUUCUAUGCCCUGGAUCGUGCGAACGAGAUGCUCGAUUUCGAUCCUGGUUGGCAUGGGCGGCGAGACGAUGGGUUCCGGAACGAGAUGGCCAUUGCCAAUGCCAACUUAUCCCUCGUUGACGCACAGAUUUCGCUGUUCCAUGCAUGGGAGUUCUUGCUUCUCGAGUUAAACAGCUGCCUUCCAGAUAACGAGACAGUUCAUAAGCAGAUGCUUCAAGUUGCGCUGCAGUGUCUAGACGCCAAUCAGUCGGUGCAGGGUCCCGAGAACAUCUUCUUGAGGAUCGUCGAGGAUCGAGCCAACCUAGCAUUGAUGCUCCUCAAGCGCCUUGUCGGGAGCCCCAUAACGCCGCAAGACGUGUAUAAACUCCUGGGCAGCCUCUUCGGUGUGCUUGGUGCCAUUCAAGAUCCGUUUGGAGCCGACUCGAUCGAGUACUACCGCACCAUCCUCAAAACAGUAUACAUUGUUUUGAGGCUCCGUCUAGCCGACAGAAAGGACGGGCCCGAGGCACCCAGCUUGGGGGCGAAUGGGUCGUCGCCUGCCUUGACACAGACGAUUCUGAACCUCCUUGCCAACGUGGUGGCCAAAGGCUUCAGAACGCUGGUGACGCUGGUGCAUGAGUCGGAGGCAGCGGUGGCGCCGCAGGAUCUGGCCCUACUGACGGCCAUUCUCCAAGCCUCCCUUCGCAUGCCGGGGCUGGAUCAGUGUCAAACACAGAUUCUGAACAUCAUGGCUUCGUAUGACGUUAUGCACGCAGCUACGGCGCUGUUCUCCUGGUCCGAUAAACUGACAGUCGAUGGCGACCCCAUCUACGGCGAGCUCAGCUUGCUCUUCCUCCUGGAACUCUCGACGCUUCCCAUGGUGGCGGAACAGCUGGCGGCCGAUGGUCUGCUGAGCCACUUGACAUCGGCGAACAUUACGAACUUGAUGCGGAAAGGCAUCGUCUCGCCUUUCUCGGAGGUCGUUGGCGCUCAACGGUGCUACAGCAUCUGGGCGAAGGGCGUCCUGCCGCUGUUGCUCAACCUCCUGACCGUGCUUGGCGGCACGGUGGCGCCCGAGGUCGCCUACGUGCUGAACCAAUUCCCCCACCUCCUCAAGACGAGCGUGGAGCGCUUCGAAGCCCCCGGCGCCAGCCGCACGGCGUCCCGCGAGGGACCCCAUUACGUGACGCUGCUUGCCGUGUCGGAGAUCCACUCGCUCGCCCUCCUCACCAAGGUCAUCGCCGCCCUGCGCGUCAACAACAGUCGGGACAUCCCCGGGGUGCAGUGGGAUGCGGCGUCGAUGCUGGAGAACGUGGACUUUUGGCUUGCCAGCCGCAAACUGUUGAAGGAGCGGCUCCUACCCUUGGGGCAGCGCGAGGUGGAGUGGCGGGGGAUGACGACGGGGAACGGGAACGGUGGGGCGACUGCGGAUGAGGGCGGUCCCAGCAACUUGCUCGAGGCGAGGGUUAUUUCGCAGCUUGAAACUGCGAGGGAUGUCUUGAGCGAAGACUUGGAAUGAGCGUUCGGGAGCCGAGGGAAUUUUGGUGGCUUGCCCGGUCACG